CGUUGGGCGAAAGUAAUAGCACUUUUUAUAUAUGAAUUGGGCUUUUACACUCAUAGGCCCAACUCCAUGGAAUAGAUUCAGAUUUGAAUUUGCCACGUAAGCCCAACAGAGAACCGCCUCAGUAAACGGCAGCAAAGUCACCGCCACCAUCGUUCUCCCAACACACAAAACCCAAACUCAGACAAACUCUUCAAAUCAUCCAAAUAUGAAUAACGAACACAAAACGCGCGUGGCAUUCACGAUCGCCACCAUAACAACAGCUGCCAUAAUCUCCAUCAUCUUCACCGUACGCCGCCGUACGCGGCGGAAGCAGCUCGAGUCCUCUUCGAAUUCAUGUUACUCACAUUCCGAACAGAAGCCACAGUGUACGUUUAAGCGAGUUUUAGCUGAUAACUCCUACACGCCAUUCAAGCACUUGAGCUUCAACGCUUCCGGUAGUAAUGAUGCAGAGAAAGGUUCAAAUUUGCAUCCUUUUGAGGCAGAGAUUACGGCAUUGUUAACAAAUAAUCAUCAGCCUGAAAUUGAACUUGGUGCUAAGAAAUUAGAAAUGAAUGAUUCGUAUGUUUGGGUUGAUACCGAGAUGCAGUUAAAAGAACUGGUCGAUGUAUUGAGCAAUGAAAGGUUCUUUGGUGUGGACACAGAACAACAUAGCUUGCGCUCUUUUCUAGGCUUUACAGGAUUAGUUCAGAUUUCUACACAACAGGAAGAUUAUUUGAUUGACACAAUUGCUUUGCAUGAUUCUAUGGAAAUUCUUCGCCCAGUUUUUGCUAAUCCUUCAAUUUGUAAAGUAUUUCAUGGGGCCGACAAUGAUGUUCUCUGGCUACAGAGGGACUUCCAUAUAUACAUUGUUAAUCUAUUUGAUACUUCAAAGGCAUGUGAGGUGCUAUCAAAACCACAGAAAUCACUUGCUUAUUUGCUAGAAACUUACUGUGGUGUGACAACAAAUAAAUUAUUACAGCGUGAAGACUGGAGACAGCGCCCUCUCUCAGCAGAAAUGGUGCAAUAUGCAAGGACAGAUGCACACUAUCUGUUGUAUAUUGCAAACUGUCUGAUCAUUGAACUCAAGCAACUAGACAACGAAAACACUUGUUCCGAUGACAAAUUCCAUUUUGUUCUCGAGGCUAGUCGGCGUUCAAACAUGAUUUGUUUACAACUAUUCACAAAGGAGAUUGAAGCUUCGCCUGGAGAAUCUGCUGCAUUAUCAUUAUAUUCACGUCAUCAGAGUAAUCAAGGCUCUCCUUCAAUUUCCGAUGAAACUCAGUUUCUGUAUACUGUGAGGCAGCUGUGCACAUGGAGAGAUUUAAUGGCUCGUAUUCAUGACGAGAGUUUAAAAUAUGUACUGUCAGACCAGGCAAUUGUUGCUUUGGCAAGUCAGCUUCCAGCAAGUCACUCUAAAAUAUACAAUACCAUAGUUCAAACCGAUGUCAAUGCAGAAACGGGUCUGACCUCUUUCAUCCCUUCCCCAUCUCCUGUUGUUUGUAGCCACUUGAGUGAUAUCUCUCAACUGCUUGCAAACGAGUUGGUUAAACAUGGUGAUAUUUAUUCAGUGAUUCUUCAGAAGUGUUUAGGUCAAAAAGGAAGUUGUAAACUUAACAUUUUCAAUUAUGCUUUGUUGGUUAACAGUAACCUGAGACCUACUUUAUCCUAUAAACACUCGAGCCUAAAAAAUCCUAGACAGCAUUCUCGGAAGGCUUCUCGAAAUUUGUUUGUUAAAAAAUUCUCUUGCAAAUCACCGGUUUAUCACAAUUGUCGGAUAUUUGCUAAUGACGGGAGACUGCUUUGUUAUUGUGACCGGAAAAAGCUUGAAUGGUACCUUAGUCGGGACCUUGCAAAACUUGUUGAUGAGGAACCCCCAGCUAUAAUGCUUCUUUUUGAACCCAAAGGCCGCCCAGAGGAUGAAGGAAAUGAUUUUUACAUCCAGAGUAAAAAAAAUAUAUGUGUUGGAUGUGGUGAAGGAAAUCACUACUUACGAUAUCGUAUAAUCCCAUCAUGUUACAGAAUACAUUUCCCUGAGCAUUUGAAGAGUCAUCGCUCUCAUGAUAUUGUCCUACUUUGUGUGGAUUGUCAUGAAGCUGCCCAUGCUGCUGCAGAGAAGUAUAAGAGAAAAGUAGCUUCUGAAUUUGGGAUUCCACUCUAUGUUCGUAGGGUAAUUCAUCCCGGGCAAGAGACUGAAAAACUGAACGAUGAGGGAGGUGUAUCUCCAUUACAAUUACGAUCAGCUGCUCUGGCUCUUCUAAAUCAUGGACCAAGAAUGCCUCUUAAUCGGCGUGAAGAACUGACUGAGAUUGUGAAGAGAUAUUAUGGAGGAAGGGAGAUAUCUGAAGAAGAUCUGGAAAGUGCUUUGCAAGUUGGCAUGCGUCCUAUUGAGAGAAGAAGAUAUGAGAAAAAGAGAGGGGUGUCAUUUAAACAUUCCACUGGAAAUGCUGCUGCAGUGCCAGAGGGGGAAAAUCAUGCUGAUUGUGCUCCUAGAGUGAGUAAUGUCGACACGUUGAAUGUUGAUACUCUUAAUGGUUCAUAUGCAAAUGAAGAAACAAGAAGUGGAGAUAAUAGACAAGAUGAUUCGGGAGAACCCUCUUUGAUUUCUGAUCUUGCAGUUGAUAAAGCUACUUCAAAUGGAAAUACCAUCUUAAUUAAAACUACAGAUGAUGAUGAAGACGACCACGAUGAAGCUGUAAAUGUUGAUGAGAGUCUGAAUAGAAAACAACAAAAUGUUGUUAGCGACUUAUCUGAUUCCAGAGACGAAGAAUCUCUCAGAGAUGAAGAUUCAACACAAGCAAAACAUCAUUCGAAACUCUCACUUUUGGGACAUGGUCCACAUGGGAAACAAGUUGUAGAUCAUUUACUGAAGGAAUAUGGUGAAGAUGGCGUUCGAGAGUUUUGUCAAAGAUGGAGACAAGUAUUUGUGGAUGCUUUAAAACCGCGUUUUCUUCCUGGUGGAUGGGAUGUAAAACACAGGAUUUGAUUUUGGACGCUAUUUUGCCAGCGGAAGAAGGGACUUUGGUGAGUUCAGUGUAUACAAUCAUGAGAAAAGAGGGACUGCUGCUACUGUGGAGUGAACCUCUGCAUGUUGAACGAGUAAUAUCAAUAUUUGGAUACUCCAAUGCCAUCAAAUUUUCAGCGAUACUCUACCUUCUUUCGCUUAUUUGUUUGUAUUCUUCAUAAUAACAAUUACUGAUAUUCUGCCUACCUCUUUAUUUUUUUGGCAGUUCCAUCAACAAUUUUGUUUAUUUUAUUAUUCUCAAUUAUUAUUUAGCA